UUUUAAAACCCCUCAGAUUGUAUAUGCAUCUGAUCAACCCACCUACCUUUACAUCUACCCCGGCCAGUUAAAACAAAAACUUCCUUAUCUUCUCCAGUUAUGUCUAGAGCGAAUGUAAGAAGACAUGUUCUGGAGAAGAACAAAAUCUUGAAAGAAAAAGAAAAGCCAACGUCGACACACAGCAUUUUAUCUAAACACCUCAAGAGAAUUUACCCAAUUGGGCUUCAGAGAAGCACUUCCUCGUUAUCCCUAUCAUCUUUGUCUUUGUCUUUGUCACAGAACUCAAUCGACUCUUCUGCUACGGACUCUACCAUCCCACUGGAUCAGAAGAUUUCUUUAGCAUUACGACUGAUUGCACCGGCGCCUGAAAGAAGAGAAGCCCAGCUGGUGGAUAAAAACGUUCCACCUGAAAGAAGAGAAGCCCCUGCCGAUAAAAACGUACAACAACAAUGUCAGGAUACUGGUACUGGGGAUUUGAUCAGGAGGUGCAACUGGAUUACAAAGAACAGUGAUAAAGUUUAUGUAGCCUUUCACGAUGAGUGCUGGGGAGUUCCAGUUUACGAUGACAACCAAUUGUUUGAGCUGCUUGCAAUGUCUGGUAUGUUGAUGGACUACAACUGGACUGAAAUCCUGAAAAGAAGGGAACUAUUCAGAGAAGCAUUUGCUGGAUUCGAUGCUAAUAUUGUGGCCAAAAUGGGGGAGAAUGAGAUUACAGACAUAGCAUCGGACAAAGCAAUAAUGUUAGCAGAGAGCAGAGUAAGGAGUAUAGUGGACAAUGCCAAAUGCAUAUUGAAGAUUGUGAGGGGAUUUGGAUCGUUCGGAAGCUAUAUGUGGGGUUAUGUGAAUCACAAACCAGUGAUAAACAGGUACAGAUACCCAAGAAAUGUUCCUCUGAGGAGUCCAAAAGCAGAAGCCAUUAGCAGGGAUUUACUAAAGCAUGGAUUCCGGCUGGUAGGCCCGGUGAUUGUGCAUUCCUUUAUGCAAGCUGCUGGUUUGACAAUCGAUCAUCUUGUUGAUUGUUAUAGGUACACUGAAUGUGUAGGCCUUGCUGAAAGACCUUGGAGGCACAUCUAGUUAUAUACAUAUAUAACAUGCAAUUUUCAUAUAUAUAUAUAUAUAUAUAAUAUAUGUGUGUGUACUAAUUAAUUCUGUACAGAAGUCGCCAAUAUUUAUAUAUAUAUAGUUGGUGGGCUUCAUCACUAAGUAGUGAUUAUCACGUUAAAGUUAUGCAUGAAGCUGAAAUGGGACCUAAUUAAAUUGGAGGUUCAGCUAUAUCCUUCCUUUGUGGGUUCUUUCUGCUAUACCUUUAUUUGACAGUUUGAAAGCUCUACUAUAUCUAGUGCCACUUGAAUGCGUGCCAUCAAUAUAUUAAGAGCUUUUGUGCA